UUUUACCUGUGGCAACGCGUGUAUAAAAACCUUGCGAUUAGUCGGAACCCAGCCCUUUCUUCCCCGGCGGCGUUAAUCUCUUUCAGUGCGGCGGCUUAAACCACGGCCAUGGACAACGGAAAGAACAUGAAAAAAUCAUCGUCUUCUUCGAGCAGAAUAUCUGUCGAACAAUUCGUCUCGAAAAUGAACCCCCUUAUCGACAUGGAAAAGGAAGCCGAGAUUUCUGCAUCAAUGAGCUCUGGUGCUAAUAGAACUUUGGACUCUGCAUCAAAGAAAGGAUCUACCCUUCUUAAUUUGAAAUGCGUUGAUGUUCAGAGUGGGUUGAUGGGCAAAACUCUUAUUGAACUUCAAUCAAACAAGGGAGAUGUGCUUCCAGCUCACAAGUUUGGGACACAUGAUGUUGUUGUUAUGAAACCAAACAAAGCUGAUUUAAGUUCCCCUGCCCUUGGACAAGGUGUUGUAUAUAGACUAAAGGAUUCAUCAAUCACCAUUGCUUUUGAUGAUAUUCCAGAAGAGGGUUUAAACAGUCCUUUACGCAUUGAAAAAGUAGCUAAUGAGGUGACAUAUAGCAGAAUGAAGGACACAUUGGUCCAACUAAGUAAAGGUGUCCAAAAGGGUCCCGCUUCAGAUUUAGUUCCUGUAUUAUUUGGAGAGAAAACUCCAUCAGUAGUGAAAAAAGAUGUCUCCUUCACUCCAUUCAAUAAAAACCUUGAUCACUCUCAGAAAGAUGCUAUUAAAAAGGCGCUAUCAUCAAAAGACAUUUUUUUGCUUCAUGGGCCUCCUGGAACUGGAAAGACAACAACUGUUGUGGAAAUCAUAUUACAAGAAGUCAAACGUGGGUCAAAGAUUCUUGCUUGUGCUGCUUCUAAUAUUGCUGUUGACAACAUUGUUGAACGCCUUGUUCCUCACAAAGUAAAGUUAGUGAGAGUGGGUCAUCCUGCAAGGUUACUACCUCAAGUUUUAGAUAGUGCUCUUGAUGCACAGGUGUUACGUGGGGAUAACAGUUCUCUAGCCAAUGACAUCCGAAAAGAAAUGAAGGCAUUAAAUAGUAAAUUAUUGAAAACUAAAGAUAAAAACACAAAGAGAGAAAUCCGUAAAGAGCUUAGGAUUCUUUCAAAAGAAGAACGCAAAAGGCAACAACUUGCUGUGACAGAUGUAAUUAAAAAUUCAUCUGUCGUUUUAGCAACUCUCACAGGUUCAUCAUCACGCAAAUUAGAUGGAAUUUCAUUUGAUUUAGUUAUUAUUGAUGAAGCUGCUCAAGCCCUAGAAAUUGCUUGUUGGAUUUCUCUCCUCAAAGGUUCAAGGUGUAUACUUUCAGGGGAUCAUUUACAACUUCCUCCAACAAUUCAAAGUAUUGAAGCUGAAAAAAAGGGAUUAGGAAAAACUCUUUUUGAACGCAUUGCAGAUUUAUAUGGAGAUGAUGUCAUGUCUAUGCUGACUGUGCAAUAUCGUAUGCAUGAACUUAUAAUGACUUGGUCUUCUAAAGAGCUUUACAACAAUAAAAUUAAAGCUCAUGGAAGUGUUGCUGGACAUACCCUACAUGAGCUUGAAGGUGUUGAGAAGUCUUCUUCUUCUACAGAACCUACUCUUCUUCUCAUAGACAUUGCAGGGUGUGAUAUGGAGGAAAAGAAGGAUGAAGAAGAAAGCACAUUGAAUGAAGGUGAAGCUGAGAUUGCUAUAGCACAUGCAAGAAGGUUGAUUCAAAGUGGCGUACGUGCUUCUGAUAUUGGAAUCAUUACCCCUUACUCAGCACAGGUUGUGUUGCUAAGAGUGUUGAGAACAAAGGAUGACAAGUUAAAAGAAUUGGAAAUUUCAACGGUCGAUGGCUUUCAAGGGAGAGAAAAAGAAGCGAUUAUUAUUUCCAUGGUCAGGUCAAAUUCAAAGAAAGAGGUGGGGUUUUUGAGUGAUCGUAGACGGAUGAAUGUUGCUGUGACACGUGCAAGGAGACAGUGUUGUGUUAUAUGUGACACUGAGACUGUGAGUAGUGACACAUUUUUAAAAGGUUUGAUUGAGUAUUUUGAGGAGAAUGGUGAGUAUUUGAGUGGUUCGGACUAUGGGAAUUAAAUGGAACAUGUAAUAAAAAGUUUAACUUUGUGUUUUUCAAAGACUAGUAUAAUAUGCGUGAAAUGUUGGGUAUAA